GGGGGGGGUUGGUGUGAGGAGCGGCCAACAGCCUAACUGGAGAGUCUGCCGGGGAGAGAGAGGGACGGGAGGACAGUCCGCGGAGGAGAAGGUGCACGGACUAGCGGAGCCACAGUCGGUGGCGAUCGGUACCCCGCGUGUCUGAGCGUCGUCACCCCGCCGCGACGUCGCCCUCUCUCUCUCUCUCUCUCUCUCUCUGCUCUCGAGCCGGAGCGCGUGCAGCGCGGCUGCGGUGGCGCAUUCGCACGUUCGUGUGGUGUGUGUGCGUGUGCCAGCGGUGCGUUACCUCGCCGUGCCCGAUGCCGAGCGAUGGAGGCGGCGAGGCGGCGCUGCGCCAGUGCGAGCUCAUCCAGAACAUGAUCGACAUCUCGCUGUCCAGCCUGCAGGGCCUCCGCACCAAGUGCGCCGCCAGCAACGACCUCACGCAGCAUGAGAUCCGCACGCUGGAGGUGAAACUUAUGAAGUACAUCUGCAAGCAGCUGCACUGCAAGCUGAAGGUUCCGGAGACAGAUCGACCACAGGCCCUGGACACGUACCCACGCGUGGGGGACUGGUUACGCACCAUCAGCCUGAGAUCCGAGCUCAUAGAGGUGCUACCUGUGAAGUUGUCGUUGGAUGCCUUGCUGCAGAUGCCCGGUGCUCAGGUGCGAGAGACCAUGAGGAGCCUGGGAGCCACUGCGGAGGAGUGCGUUAGGCUCUGCGCUGCCCUCUCCUGCUUAAAGAGUGCCACCGAAUCAGGCGAGUGUAAUGAGGACGGGGGCUGCUGGUUUUCUGAACCCACUCGACGUGACAGUGGAGGUCUCACCCCAGCAGACCAGAUCCCUUUACUCGGAAGUCUGACACGCCCUCAUAGCCCCUCCCCUCUUGCCCGGCCUCCUACCACUCCCACCACACCCACCGUGCCCACCACUCCUCUUGUUUCAUGCCUUCACUCACGCCACCUUCCGCCCAACCCUGAAGCCCACAUCUACCACGGCUAUGCGGAGAGCCUGACAGAUCCGAGUCCAUACUACUCAUCUUGGCCUGUCCGAUUGCAUGGACACUCCUCCACCCCACCAAUAACCCCACCCUCAAAGAGGAGGCACCGCCUGAAGCCACCCUGCACACCGCCGCCACCCUCACGCAAGGUACUCCACAUCCUGCCCAAUAUCACGCUGACACGCAGCAAGAGCCACGAGAGCCAACUGGGCAACCGUAUUGAGGACACGCCCAGCAGCAAGUGUGGGAAGAAAAAUAAGCUGUUCCUGAACGUGCAGAUUAACGGCAAUGCUUGUGACGAUUCGCCGUCUCGCUCUCCGCUGCUUUCCACCCGGACGCAUGGCGCUGUGCCAGCUACUGCCCCUUACACCCUGCCUGGGACGCCCACGCUACUGGAGGAACAUGGAGGCCUUAGGAAUAACAUCGCUGUUCAUCGCAGCUCUCCGCAGGCAGUGAGGAGAGACAUUGGCUUGGCUGUCACUCACAGGUUCUCUACCAAGUCGUGGCUCUCGCAGACGUGUCAAGUGUGUCAGAAGAACAUGAUCUUCGGAGUAAAAUGCAAGCACUGUAGGUUAAAGUGUCACAAUAAAUGCACGAAAGAGGCUCCUUCCUGUCGAAUAUCAUUCCUCCCCAUCACAAAGAUCCGGAGGACGGAGUCCGUGCCGUCGGAUAUCAACAACCCUGUGGAUCGACCGGCCGAGGCGCCGCAGUUCGGCACAUUACCAAAGGCAAUAACCAAGAAGGAGUAUCCUCCCGUGCUGAAUCAGCUGGACUCCAGCAGUAACCCCUCGUCCACCACGUCCUCCACCCCGUCAUCUCCCGCCCCGUUCCAACAGAGUAACCCCCCCAGUGCCACCCCACCCCCCAACCCUUCGCCCAAAAACCACCGCGACAACCGUUUUAACUUCCCAGCUGCCUUCUACUUUCAGCAUAGACAGCAGUUUAUCUUCCCCGAUGUGUCCAGUUCCAACACGCCUCACCCGGAAGGUCUACCAGACACCGUGAAUGAGACAGAACCCUCAGAGGAGGAUGUGCAUGCUGAGCUGGCUGAGCAUGAAGACGGAGAAGAAGAAGAGGAAGAUGAGGAUGCGGAAGCAGAGGAGCAUAAAGAUGCGAGUAUAGAGGAGGAAGAAGCGCAGGAGGACGCUAAUCAAGAGGAGGAGGAGGAGGAGGAGGAGGAGGAUGUGAGCUUUGAAGAGACAAACGGCGGAUCAGACUGUGAAGGAGAUGAAGAUGAGCUGGAUGAUCUGCCCAGUGCACGAGGCAGUGGCCCCUGGAAGGGUCCUGUGUCACGCAAGCCCAGCCAGACCAGCGUCUAUCUGCAGGAGUGGGACAUCCCUUUCGAGCAGCUCGACCUGGGUGAGCUGAUUGGGAAGGGUCGCUGGGGACGUGUACACCGGGGCCGCUGGCAUGGCGAGGUGGCCAUUCGCCUGCUCGAGAUCGAUGGCAACAAUCAGGACCACCUCAAACUUUUCAAGAAGGAAGUUAUGAACUACAGGCAGACACGCCAUGAGAAUGUGGUGCUGUUCAUGGGGGCCUGCAUGGCACCACCACAUCUCGCCAUCAUCACCAGCUUCUGCAAAGGCCGAACGUUGUACUCUGUUGUGAGAGACACAAAGAACACGCUAGACAUCAACAAGACGAGACAGAUUGCACAGGAGAUUGUGAAGGGAAUGGGAUACUUGCAUGCGAAAGGCAUCGUUCACAAGGACCUAAAAUCAAAGAAUGUCUUUCACGACACCAACAAAGUGGUCAUUGCUGACUUUGGCCUUUUUGGCAUCUCAGGAGUGGUUCAGGAAGGAAGGCGAGAGAACGAGCUGAAGCUUCCUCACGGCUGGAUUUGCUACCUGGCUCCGGAGAUUGUGCGCAAGAUGAGCCCCGGGAAUGAGGACCGCUUGCCAUUUUCCAAUGCGGCGGAUGUCUAUGCCUUUGGCACUAUUUGGUAUGAAUUGCAAGCGAGGGACUGGCCAAUCACCAACCAGCCAGCUGAGGCCACUAUCUGGCAGGUGGGCAGUGGAGAGGGCAUCAAGAAAGUGCUGACGGAGAUCAGCCUGGGAAAAGAAGUCACGGAGAUCCUGUCAGCCUGCUGGGCAUACGACCUGCGUGAGCGGCCCACCUUCACGCAGCUGGCCGACAUGCUGGAGAAACUGCCCAAGCUCAACCGCAGGCUCUCACACCCUGGACAUUUCUGGAAAUCUGCAGAAAGCUACACUAACAUCUGACAUUGUUUCCGUAUUAAUUAAACAUCAUUUUCUUUUCUUCUGUUAUAACAACCUAACCUCUUGCUUUUCUCUCCUCUGUCUUCUGAAUUUCCUCGUCACUAUCCUCAGGUUGUAGCUGAAACACUAAAGCAAUGCAAAUACAAAAAAAAGCCCUGGAUCUGCCUUUGCAUGCGACCUGAAAUAAACAACUCUUGGACUCUGAGCAGAAACCAUGAUGCACUUUCUGCUCCCGAUGUUCCGACCGUGUGAUCUUCCGCCUUUGCUUGCCGUCCUCGGAGCGCUUAGGCAAUGCACGGAUACUGAGCGAGUCUCUUCUCCGACCGUUUCUGAUUAUUCCUUUUGGAGUGUGCGCUGUCAGCUUCUUUCUCUCUCUCUCUCUCUUUCUCUCUGGACUUAAGAGAUGUAGCGUCUGCCCGGUGGAGUUUUUUCCCUCUCGUGGCAGCCUGUCCUUCCUAGUUUAUAAGUCUCUAAGACACUUCUUUACCUGUUCUACCUUGUGACAGAAUGUGCCGAAACCCUUUUCUUAUUUCUUCCUACACUUUGUAUUUGGAUUCUGCCCCCAACAACGACGUGCACUAUUGCUUCUCCAGAUACACGGGCUCACUCGACACGGCCUCUCUGCACAGACUGACUAUGCUGUCACGUUCUACUCAGUGUAGCGGUGCCCCAUAACUGAUCCACACCAAGUGUCUUUUAAAAGAGCAGGAUGGACAGAAAAACAUAUAUUUCGACUAACCAGAAUGUAGACAAUCAACAAAAACAUGCUGGUGAUAGUAAGGUGAUAUGAAAUAGUCUCCAGUGUGGCACAGUGUGGAUUGAGUGUCUAAAUCAUCACACACUCACCUCAAAAGAUAUUGCUGAGCCAAUAAUACUUUAUACCCACAAGUCUGUAUAAAUAAAUAAACUUAAAUAUCAGAUCACAA